AUGGAAUCGACCGAGAAUCGAGUGGGCCGCGGUACAUGGGCUCGUUACAAGCUUGCCCAGGCCCAAUUCACCAGCUGGGUCAAGCAAACCGCCGACAAGGUCGUGUCCCGAAAACAGAAUGGCACUACCCCAGAAGUUCAGACCGAAGUCGUCGAGACAACUCCGGCGCCUGGAAAGGAGUCGCGACGGCAGAAAAAGGCCCGAGCCAAAGCCACAGUCACUCCUCUCGCCGACCCCCGCCUCGAGACCAACAUCGAAAGCGCCAAAUCUGUCCAUUGGACUGAACUCGAGGUUCUCGCCCUCAAGAUCGCCCAAAACGCCGAGCCCGAGCAGAUCCCCGAUGCCGCCGUCAACAUCCUCCGCGAUGUUGUCAACCUGCGCAAGAAAAGCUUCAAGUUCUUUAGUGGCGCCGCCGCCAAGCGACCGGCCGACCGAAAGCUCCAGGAAAGCAACCAGACCCACGCCCACAUCAUCAACGUCCUCGAACGAAUCCUCGCCAAGUUCGAAGCCCUGACCUCGGCUCGCCGCAAGGUCACCAAAAACGAGAAGCCUGACGAGAAAAACCCAAUGGGCCUGUCCGAUCUUAUCAACAUGUUUACUCAUCUCGAAGUCCAGACGUCCCCCGACGCAGCCGAAGAUGACAACCAAGGCGAUCCACCGUCUGAAGACGACCAAAAAUCCACAAGGUCCAAAAAAUCACACAAGAGCAAAAAGAAGAAGCCGCGUAAAGAACGCCAUAGCGAGACGAAGGUAUCCCCGCGCCCCUCCACGACAGACAAUAAUGACGACACUUCGUGGCUGGACACGUUCGAUUGGGGCCUGCCCUCGGCAGAUGAGGACGACGAGGACGACGAGUUCGACUUCUACAUGAUGGUUUACUGCUUCUUCGAAGACUUCAACACCAUCCGAAACUACGUUCAGGAACGAUGGUGUGACUACUGGUAUGACCGGUCUGUCCAUCUCAACACCUUGGCCGUCAUUACCAACGCCGCCUUCGAGCUAUUCCACAUGCUCGAGUGGGACCUGAUGAAGGCGCUCAAGUUCCAUCCCGAGCUUACCCAGUAUACCUUCAUGAUGGAUAUGCUCUUCAUCCAGAUUGGCAUUGAGCACAUUGAUUACGACUCGUACGAUGGUCUGAGCCAGGAGGAACAUGAUGAGCGUCUCUGGAGAGACGAGGCAGAUUGGUUAGGGUUCCUGUCCUACUGUACCAUAUACCGGACCCUGAAGAACGUGCCUCCUGGAAAAGUUCCCAUGCUGCCACCUUCAGCCCGGAAAAAGGUUGUUUAUGGCGCACAUAACAUGAAGACCUGGCAGGAUUUCGAAAACACAAUCAGCUUCCAGAUGAUCACAGAGGGUUCUUUGUUAAAGGCCCUCAAGAAAAAUGGGCAGGUCCCCCCCAAACUCCCAGCCGAACCACUACUGCUGCUAGACUGGCAGGAAGCGCUCAAGAGGCAUGCUAUAACGUCUUCCCUCAUCUUCUCCUUCCACCUGUGGGUUGAUAUCCGCCAUAUCAUGGAGGAGGAAGUCAUCAAUCCCUUCAACGAAAUGCAAAAGACGGGCCAAAGAGUGGUGGAUGCGCUUCGCCUCCAUGAUCCCAACAGUGUAAGCAAAGAUAAGGCAUUCAAGUGGGAGUACAGGGAGCGCAUCCAGGACACCACCGAGUUCCUGCUCGAGGACUUUACCUACGAAGACAAGUUGCUCCGCUUCCGACAAAUAGGGAUUGCGGAAGACCCAGAGGAGUUCUUCCUCCUCAAGAACGAACCAGUUUGGGCCGGCCUCCUGGACUUCCGCGCAAGGCUUGUGCAUAGCGAAAUGGGCCAUCAGUUUGCCGCCUUCACCUACGUUCUCGAGGCUGCGGCCUACUUGUACCAUGCGGCGCGUGCUGCCGAUCCAACCUUACCUGUGUGGGACAACAUGUUCAAGCUUAACGAAACCUACCUCGAUGACAGCAUAUUCAAGAGCGGCUUCCUUGGAGUGAAGGACCCUGUCGCUAUUAUCCACAACUACCAACUGGCGAUCAAGCCACCGGUAGGCUGGGACGGCCCUCCCGAUCUUGCAAGCAGGUCUGGUUUCGCCCAGUCUGUCAAGAUUCGGAGAACUCUGUAUUAUCGCUAUGGUUUUGCCGAAGAAGACUCUUACAACGAGAUUGCCUACAUGGAGCAUCUGGCCAUGCAUCGUCUCCAGCUUGAACGAUAUCGAGGAACUCCACGUACCCUCGUUGGUUCUACUCGGGAGUCGAAUGGGUUGUUGGACGGAGAAGGCGUGAACGGCACGACGACAGGCGCCUAUUCAGUUGCGCCACCCAAAUUGGACGAGAAGAGCGAGGAGUAUCUGCGUCGCAAAGCGGUUCUGUCGAAGCUGUCGCCUAUCGAGAUGCUGCAGCUGGUUGGUGACUCUGUCCAGACGCUUUUGGAAGGUCUUCUCCAGCUUGACUAUCUGCAACUGUUUGACGAGGCGACAUUGUUCUUGGAAGAAGUCAUGGAUACCUUUGGGCCCGAAAUGCAACAGCGAGUUAACUACAAGGGAGGUGAAGAUCAUCCGCCCGCGAGGUUGGAUAAAUUGCCCACUUACUUGGGCGAAGAUUUGAAGGCUGUUGCAGAGGCAGGCAACGGCAAAGAGUCUGAGAUAAUCAGCAAGCUUGUCGACGGUUGCAGGGAGUUUCUGGAGCAAAUGCAAUCGGCUACUAGUAGCGAUACUAGUGCAGCUACUGAAGAAGUUUGUAGUCAAUAGACUAACAGUGGAUUUCCUGAAGGACUGCUAAAGGAGUUGGAUCAGAGAUCUGCUACUUCUGGUCAUCCAUAGAGGAAAUACCAGGUUCCUGAGCUGUCAAAACAGGGUCCAGCCAGCCUGAGGGAGCUAAAACUAGUUUUUUUAUGUGGUUAUACAAGGUUUCAUUUUGGAUAAAACAUUUUUCAAUGUUGGCAUACCUUCAUCAUCAACAAUACUUUGUAAUACAUCUUAGUAAUAC